AUGGCGCUGGCAAGGCCUGAAGUACCUUCUGCUGCGAUUGGCGGCAACGUCGGAAUCGGUCUCCGCCUUGACUCGAAGCUUCAGGUGCAAGAGAUCGUCGCAGGGGGGCCGUGCGCCGCAUGUGGCGUGAUAGGCGUUGGUGACGUGUUGGUCACGGUCGACGGGCGUGACGUACAGGGCAAAAAGGUCCAGGAGAUUUCUCACCUGAUCGUGGGGCCGCAAGGCUCCGAAGUUGAGAUCGUAGUGCUCAAAGUGAAGACUGGGAUUCGUGUCCCUGUCAAGCUGCUGAGAGGGACAGUGGCGCAAGCAGGGGUUGGCAUCAAGUUGCAGAGGAAUGAGGACGGAGAGAUCACUGUCCAGGACUUGCACCCUCAGGGCUCUGCUGCCAGGGCAGGGCUGAAGGCAUCAGAUAUCAUUGAGAAGGUUGGAGAUUUGAACGUGAUGGGCAGGACAGUCCGUGACAUUGCCCCGAUGUUCGCUGGACCGGAGAACAGCUCGAUACAAGUGACAGUCCUGAGAGGACCGCAGAAAACGAGGAUGGAAUUCACUCUAAAACGCAUGAAGAUUGAAAGUGGGCCUGCUCCGCAGUCAGUCGCUCCUCCAAAGCUGGCGGCCAUGGCGCCGUCGAAUUCACAUGCUGCAGAGGAGGCGAAAAAGAAGGCAGAGGAGGAGGCGAAGAAGAGGGCAGAGGAGGAGGCGAAGAAGAAGGCAGAGGAGGCGAGGAAUGCCGAGGAGGAGGCGAAGAAGAAGGCAGAGGAGGAGGCGAAGAAGAAGGCAGAGGAGGAGGCGAAGAAGAAGGCAGAGGAGGAGGCGGCAAGGAAUUCCGAGGAGGAGGCGAAGAAGAAGGCAGAGGAGGAGGCGAAGAAGAAGGCAGAGGAAGAGGCGAAGAAGAAGGCAGAGGAGGAGGCGAAGAAGAAGGCAGAGGAGGAGGCGAAGAAGAAGGCAGAGGAGGAGGCGAAGAAGAAGGCGGAGGAGGCAAGGAAUGCCGAGGAGAAGGCGAAGAAGAAGGCAGAAGAGGAGGGGGCCAAGAAGAAGGUAGCGGCAGAAGAGGAGGCCACCAAGGCUGCAGUACCAUCGGAUGAAGCAAAGAAUUUUUCCGCGUUGGAGGGGGGCACCGGGACCGCGCAAGAGAGGACGCUAGGCAGCAGCGACGGACCGGCUGAGGAUGUAGGGAGUGUGGGAGGUAAUUGUGAGGAGUCUGAUGGUGUCAUGUGCCAGGAGGAGGAGGGAGAAGGAGGAGCUGGCGAGACAGCCUCAUGUGAACUCAGAGGUGGCUGGUGGGGUUGGCGCUGA